AUGCAUAAGGAACUUCCUGUCGAUCAAAAUAUAGAAGAACGAUCAAAUGAAUUAAUUAAUUCAUUUCGAAGUUCAUUUUGGAUUGAUGAACGUAAAUGGUUUGUUCGAUGUUUUACACAUGAUCAAACUAUUCAUCUUGAAACCUUAUCUGAAAUAACUGAUUAUGUCAAACAAAAACUUCCUGAUUCAUGGAAAUCGACAUAUCCAUACGAUGAUCAUCACCAGUUUUACAAUACUAUCAGAAAGUUUGAUCAUUACGAAUUUUUUAAUCAACCGAUCCCAUCCUACAUUCGUUUGUAUAACAUUAAUUAUCUUCGUCUCAAAUUUCCUAUUAAUGAUGAAUUUUGGUCCAUUGUUCCAAACUUAAAUAAACUGAAAUCACUUGCAAUAUCGUCUUAUGAUGAUUCAUUUCAAUCUCAAUUCCAAACUUUACUAGAUCAAGCACCACAUCUUACACAGUUAAGUUUUCAUCAAUGCGAACCAUUGCCAUUACAAAUAUCAUUAUUUAAAUAUACAAAUGCGUCAAUUCGUCAACUCAAUUUAAAAUUUUACAACCAUCAAUUCACUGAAGAAGAAUGUAUGACUUUAUCUCAUUCAUCAUUGGGUGUUCAAUGUGAAAUACUUUCUAUUCAAGUUAAAAAUCGUCAAUGUAUUAUUAUUCUUGUGAAAAAUAUGAUUAAUCUUCGAGCAUUAAAUAUCAAAUUUGAACAUGAAGAAGAUUUUCAAGAGAUACAAUGGAUACUAGGCGAUGAACUCCUAAUUGAAAAUACAUCGGAGACAGUUGAAAUUAUUCAAUGGUUAAAAGAUCAUUUACCAUUAACGUGUUUAAUCAGCAUAGAUCCACAAUCAGUCAAUGGUAUUCGAAUAUGGAUUUAA